GUGGAGAACAGCGCAGAUUUGCAGACCUCGCUCGUGCAUCCCAGGUGUUCAGGAUUUCGGCAGUUUGUCAGCUUCCCGAACCACACUUCCGCAGUGUUCUAAAUUUGGCAGCAGGCGCACAAAAAUCUCGAAACAGACAUCAUCGCACACCCAGCAUCCCCUCGAACCUCGAAUCAACCUCAGCACCAGAGCGGUCACGGUUGAUCUUACAAAAUGUCCUUCCCAACAGAACUCAUCGAGCUCGUCGAGUUUCUCCACCACGAAAACCCCCAAAUCCGCGCCGUCGCAGCUCAACAUCUCGUUGGAUUCUCCGCCUCCUCUCACCCCCAGAACGGAAUCUUCCGUAAUGACUCUUUCCGUCCCAUCAAAGAUCUGAAAGUCCUCAUUUGUAAUGCGUUACGGCCGGAUCAGUUGAGUCGGAAGACCGCGCACGAUUCACUUACGUGUUUGGUGAAUUUGAGUACGGAUCCGUUGGUGAGGAGCAUGUUGAUCGACGAGGGGUUCUUGAAGUUAUUGAUGGGGUUUAUUACGAGUAGGGCACAGGGGUUGGCGGAUAUGUUUUGCAUGUUGUUGAGUAACAUGGCAAAAAGCGACGACAUCUUGAAGAUUAUGGAAGUGACAAUGAGCCCCGUCGAGGGUGUCUCGUCGUCGACCAAGGCGAUGGAUCAGCUUAUGGAUGUGUUUGUGAAGGGUGCGGAGAAGAAGUUGAACCAGUGGGCGAACUACGACUUUUUGGGGAACUUCUUCUCGGAUAUGACCCGUUUUCCUCAAGGACGAAAGUACUUCUUGGAGAAGCAAGAGUACGAUGGUGUCCUCCCUCUCUCAAAGGUCGUCGUGUUCACCACUCACGGUUCCCUAAUCCGACGAACGGGUGUCGCAUCAACUAUCAAGAACUGCUGUUUCGACACUUCGAUGCAUAUGGGCUUGUUGGCGGAUGAGGCUGCGAACGGUGUCGAUAUCUUGCCGUUUAUACUUCUGCCGUUGAUGGGUCCAGAGGAGUACGAUGACGAGGAUAUGGAUGGCAUGCCUGAUGAGUGUCAGCUCCUUGGCGACGACAAGAGGCGUGAGUCGGAUGACGGAGUCAUGGUUGCUUUGCUUGAUGCAUUGCUUCUUCUUACCACUACACGGCCAGCACGCGAUUUGUUGAGAGCGAGAAAGGUGUACCCGAUCAUCAGGGAAAUGCACAAGGCCGUCGAGAAGGAAGAGGUCCAGGCAGCAUGUGAGCGGGUAGUCGAUAUCUUGAUGAGAGAGGAGACCAACGAGGGUGAAGAGCAGGAAGCCCACAUCGUCGAAGAGUCCGACGAGGAGGACGGUCAGAUGAUUGAGGUGUAAUGCUUAGAAGAAAAGACUAUGAUCUACGCCAAUCUAUA